UUUACAUUUUGUAUUUAUAUGUUUGAUUGAAAUAAAAUAUUGUAUCUUAUUAUACCAAGAAUCACGUAUAAUAAUAGUAAGAUGUAGCACCAUAUGAAUGUCUUUUGUGCUAUAGAUACGAGAUAAUAAUUAUACGCAUGCAUAGACAAGCAUACGAAAUUUAACACGGAAACUAAAUUAUGAUCAUGUAGGUACACCAUAUAACGUAAUUGCAUAUUUCAAUGCUAUUUUACCAGAUAGUUUAAAAUAUGCAACUGUUUUGAAUAGACGAGUUUAAAUCAAAACUGGAGUUUAGUUAGAGCGAACAAAAUAUGGUUUCUGUCAGUUUAACAACUUUUUUAACAUUAACAAUAUUGUAUAACUUGUUUUUAUUUGUAUCAUUAGAUUGUUCGGGAGGUGUAGAUAGAUGUGAAUGGGUUCCAUGGCGUGCAUGGUCAGAUUGUAGCAGAUCAUGCGCAGGGGGGACCCGGAAGCGAGACCGGUAUUUUUGUUGUAAGGCCGGACUCGAAAUAAGACCAUGUAUGACUGACUGUAAUAUGGACUAUGAUUAUCACAGUCAGUUCUUUGACGAAAGCGAGAGUUGUAAUACAUACUGUUAUAACGGUGGAACUUACAGAAAUGGAUAUUGUUCUUGCACAAGCAGAUACAAAGGACAAUGUUGUAAAGAUGUUGUAACAUGUGGACAACCUAGCUCAAUAUCAAACGGCUCUUUCUCAACGAGUGACAAGAGUUACACAUACAAUGCAAGAGUUACCUAUAAAUGUAACUCGGGUUACGGGUUGAAAGGAAAUAAUCAAAGAACCUGCACUACAAAUGGGUACUGGAGUGGGAGUUCUCCAACUUGUCUGUAUGCUGUUUCUUGCAACAGCGGCCCUUGUCAAAAUGGAGCAAAUUGUACCAAUCUAUUAGGGGGAUACACAUGCACGUGCACAAAAGGGUGGAUCGGAAAAAACUGUGACAUUGAUAUUCAGCCCCCAGUCGUGAAGGGAUGUCCUGAAGAUAGGAUGAUAAUUACAGAAAACAUGACAAGCUUACAAACGUGGGACGAGCCCGUGUUUGAGGAUCCUCAUGGUACAUCUGUUCAUGUCACGAAUAACUACCCAACAAAUUCGCACGAGUUUCCAUGGGGGGAGUUUUACAUACAUUUUACAGCAGUGAAACCGUCAAAUGGUUUUCGGACUGAAUGUAAAUUCAAAAUUUCAGUCAAACCGCAUCCAUGUCAGGAUAUGGAGCCACCAGCUAACGGGAGUGUUGUGUGUAACAACUGGAGAACAGAUUAUACGAAAGCAUGCAUCUUUGCUUGUAAAGCUGACUACACUCUGCCUAUAGGAACCAAACCGGACCAUUUCUAUAUUUGCGGAGCAACCGGAAAAUGGCUCCCCUCGACACCCGUCGGAAAAUGUUAUUCGAAAAAAGUGUUUGCGAGUAACAACAUCUUUACAUUUUCAAACUGUACUGAACAGGGAGACAAAGAUGCCAUAGGAAAAUUCUACAUUGAUCUUCUCAAGGAAUCUGGAUUUAAUUCAUUAUGUGAGAACUAUCCGGAUGAUUGCAAAUCUGAAAACGUUUCCAUCAAAUGUUAACAACUGUACAUAUUUAACAACCGAUUAUUGUGUCGCGAUACUAAUUAUAAGCAUACACACUUUCAAAACUUGAAAAAUCCCAAAUAAAAUGGAUUUAUGAGACAUUAACAAUCUAACUCGACCAAGAGUUUUAAAUAUAUGGGAUAAUAACAAGGGUAAUUUGUGAAGCUGUUUUUUGAUGAUUCUUGAUUCGUAUACAAAGGUACCCCGCUCACAGACAUAUUGAUCUAUGUGACAUGUGUAAAUGGUUUUGAAGUCAUUUCACGCUAUUUGAUUUGAAAAACAACAACAAAAAAGAAAAGAAGGGUACAGUGUGUGUUUUGUACUACAUUUUAAGUCUUCGAAACUGACUUUUUUGUUAUUACACGUACUUGUUGUUAUUACUUUCAAGUUAAUGCAUUUUUAUAACUUUAUAUCGACAUUUCAUUAUAAGUUUGUUAAAACAAUGAACAUUUUAAUCAUUGCAAUUAAUGUAGGUAAAACAGAAAAAAGUUCCAUUUGAGCGACAAAGCUACCUUAUUAUAAAUCAUGACAAUAUUCAGUGUUAGCGCUUGAGUUUAAACUAUUAGUUUUUACACAAUAUGUCACGUUACGUAUUUUGCAAUGAUAUGUACAUCUGGCUCCUCCUCCAAAACGUCAGUCAGCAUCAUUCACUUGUAUCAUAGUUUGGAGACCUUUCUGUUGAAAAUGUGUCAGAGUUAAAUCGUAUACAUAUACAUGCACAGUGCGUUAACUGGAGUGCGGGUAUUAGUUACCGGCACUCCA